AUGCUGCGGCUCGUAGCGGCUCUGUGUGUUGUCAGCUUUGGCGCCAUCGCUGAAGGCAGGGGAAAACCUCUGUUCCACUUCAAUGAUUGUGCAGCUGUUUCUGAAGAUACUGACCGUUGGCAGGCGUCCGUGACCCUCACCAAACCGCUGGAACUGAUUUAUGCCACAGGAGGGGAAGUGUCCUUCAUUCGUGACGACGGCCAGUUCAUAGAAAUAACCGGCACAAAACAAGCGCCAACUGGAUUGGUCUGUAUCGGUGUCAGUGGGAGGUACUCGGAAGAGCGACCAAGUGCCCAGAUUCACGUAAAGCCGCUACCCCGAACUGAAGUGGUCAACACCAGAGAAAUUAGAAGUAUCAGAGUUAGACGAGCCACCGAAAUUUGGCAUGUAGCUUCAUUCCCUGUAACCUCUGACAAAACUGCCAUUCUGAAACCUCUGGAGCCUUACCACAAUCUGUGGGGACAGGAUUCGCUGAGCAGCACCACCCGGCACUCCUCAGUAGGUGCCAUCACCGUCCAUUACGCAAAGGGUUCAUACUCAACAAGCUCAGGUGGCAAUAAAGGUCUCGGCUGGUUUAUCACUCCCACCCAACUGGGGUCUAACAACGAUGACCUCAUUCUGUCUUAUGACAUUUGGUUUGAGAACUUCGGCUGGGGCAAGAUGGGGAAAAUUCCAGGUCUGUUUGGAGGUGUCAGCGGGGAUGGAGCCUACGGGUGCGGGGGAGGUAACCACCCUGUCGGCUGCUACUCUUUGAGGCUCAUGUGGCGCGCAGGAGGUGACGGAGAGCUUUACGCUUAUAUACCUACAAACCAAGCUGCUGGGUUCGCUAACCGCCCAGAUGUCAUUGUCAACUGGGACUAUGGUCAUUCUAUUGGCAGAGGCAAAAUCAAAUUUCAGAAUGGGGUCUGGCAGACAGUUACCGAGCAAGUUCAUCUUAACACAAUCGGACACACAGAUGGCUGGGUGAAGAUCUGCAACCAAGUUCACGGUCAAGACCAGCAAUGCUACACGGCUAGCAACCUGCGCAUGCGCAAUGAGGCGAAUUAUCACAACCGGGGCAUCUUCUUCACGACUUUCUUUGGAGGCAACGACCCCGAGGAUGCUGCGCCUAACGACUGCCAUACUUAUUUCAAAGAACUGCACUUGCAAAUACCCGACGGUGCUGUAGUUGGGUAA